GCCGCCCACGUGGCCGGCUGCGCGCUCCGUUCGGGGCCGAGCCUGUGCGCGCGCGUGGCCGCCCUCUCCGUGGAGCCGCGUGGCGCCCGCUCCCAGAACUGCCGAGGGCUGAUGGAGCAGGUGUGGGGGUGCAGCGCUGAAUUCUGCUGAGGCCCCGUGUCCGCGCCUGCCCAUGGCCUUCGCCGCCCGCCCGGACUCCCUGUUCCCCAUGGGCCCCGCACCCAGGCGCUUUCCCGGGGUAGGAGCCGAGCAGGGCUGCGGCGCCAUCCUGAGCGUCCGCACAGCGUCUGUGGGGGGUCUGGCUGCCUCGGAGCGUUUCCCUGGCGGGGAGCGGCCCCGGGACCCGGUGGCGGCCCCCGCGAGUGUCCCGGCGAGUGUCCCGGCACCCCGCGGGCCCCGCGGCGCGAUGGCGCGCAUGAACCGGCCGGCGCCCGUGGAGCUCAACUACAAGAACAUGCGCUUCCUCAUCACCCACAACCCCACCGACGCCACCCUCAGCAACUUCCUGGAGGACCUGAGGAGGUACGGGGCCACCACCGUGGUGCGCGUGUGUGAGGUGACCUACGACAAGGCCACUCUGGAGAAGGACGGCAUCACCGUGGUGGACUGGCCGUUUGACGAUGGCGCACCCCCGCCUGGCAAGGUGGUGGACGACUGGCUGAGCCUGCUGCGGGCCAAGUUCUGCGAGGACCCGGGCAGCUGCGUGGCGGUGCACUGCGUGGCCGGCCUGGGGCGGGCUCCGGUGCUGGUGGCGCUGGCCCUCAUCGAGAGCGGGAUGAAGUAUGAGGACGCCAUCCAGUUCAUCCGGCAGAAGCGGCGCGGUGCCAUCAACAGCAAACAGCUGAGCUACCUGGAGCAGUACCGGCCGCGGCGCAGGCUGCGCUUCCCGGACCCUGCGCGCAAGGCCCGCUGCCGCAUCAUGUAGCGGCCACGCCACCGGCCACGUGCCUGGUCACCCUGCCGUCCCAUGCCCCUGUCUGCGCCCUGCGCCCGUCUGCGCCCUGCGCCCUGCGCCCAUCGCGUCCCAUCCACCCUGCCGUCCCCGCGCCCCUGUCUAUGCCCCGCGCCCGUCCCGUCCAUCCUGCCGUCCCUGCGCCCAUAUAUACACCCUGCGCCCGUUUAUGCCGCGUGCCCGUCCUGUCCAUCCUGCCGUCCCCGCGCCCAUGUCCGCCCCGCGCCAGUUCACCCUGCAGUCUGUGCCUCCUCUGCGCCUGGCGCGGUCCAGCGCCUGCCCGCUCCUCCUAGGAGGCGGGGUGGUGCAUUUUUAAACCACUGCCCCAUCCUCUGCUGCCCUUAGCACGAACAUUUGGGGGCUUAGGGG